CGGGGCCGACCGGAAGCGGCAGUGAGCGGGCGGAAGCGGAGGGCUGGGGCGCCAUGAGGGGCGUCGGGAGCAGCGGUGCCAUCCGCGCCUGGGCCGGCCCGCUCCUGCUCCCGAUGCCGGCCCGGCUGCCCCCGGCUCCUCGCAGAGGUUUUGCUGCCACGUUCAUCAGGAAGUCAUAUGAUGUCAGAAGAGUUGAUAUCACUCCCCUGGAGCAGAGGAAGGUGACUUUUGAUACCCAUGCUUUAGUGCAGGAUCUGGAAGCCCAUGGCUUUGGGAAGGAGCAAGCACAGACCAUCGUGUCAGCGUUGAUGACCUUGUCUAAUGUCAGCUUAGACACCGUCUACAAGGACAUGGUUACACAGGCCCAGCAGAAAGAAUGCACCUUAAUCAAUGGCAUGCUUUAUUUUUCAAAGGAAAUAACCUUACAGCAGAUAAUGGCACAUUUGGACUCGAUUCGAAAAGAUAUGGUCAUCCUGGAGAAAAGUGAAUUUGCAAACUUGAGAGCAGAAAAUGAGAAAAUGAAAAUUGAAUUAGAUCAAGUUAAACAGCAGCUAAUGACUGAAACCGGUAAAAUCCGAGCUGACAGCAAGCUAGACAUAAACCUGGAGAGGAGCAGGGUGACAGAUAUGUUUACAGAUCAGGAGAGGAAACUGAUGGAAGCAACUACAGAGUUUCAUAAAAAAGAUGCAAAUACCAACAGCAUUAUCUCAGAAAUCAGUAAUAAAAUUGACACUGAAAUAGCUUCCUUAAAAACACUCAUGGAAUCGAAUAAACUUGAUACCAUUCGCUAUUUGGCAGCUUCAGUGUUCACUUGCCUGGCAAUAGCACUGGGGUUUUACAGGUUCUGGAAAUAGAUCUGCUUGGAAUGACUGCACUAAAUACAGACAGAAAAGGCCACCCAGGCAACACUGCUUUGACAAUAACCUUGGCACCUUUUGGUUUUGAUAUUCUUCCUGUAUAAUAAAAGUGUUUUCUGAAUAUGUAAUAAUAAAGAUCAAAAUAAAUGGGGGGAAGCAGCCAAACAGUAAUAUUUCAUUGCCUCCUAUUCAAUACUGUAUUUAUUUCAAAGUAUUUCUUAAGCUAUACCAGAAAGUUUCCUAAUAUCUUUUAGAAUUAAAUUUGUUUUCUUUCUGGAAAAUUCUCACUCCCAGUUCAUUUCAAACUGGAAAUAUUAAAUAUUUUAUAUACCCUUGAAAUAGGAAUACAAUUCCCAAAUUAGAGCUCCCAGUAUGGGUAUGCUAAUACCAGAUUCAACCUACCUAAACUAAGCGAGGUAAAUUAAUCUUGAACAUAGGUUCAGGAUUUUGCCUCACUUUUUUGAUGAGUUGAAGCUUGGCCCUUUGGGUUUUUUAUCUACACUCCUGAGCCUUUACUAAAGGCUCAGGCCCUUUUUUUUCCUUGAAAAGUGAUUUACAUUAAUUCAAAAUCUCAUGUAGAGAAUGUCUCUAUAGAUUUUCUUUAGUAUGUCCUGCAAUUUCUAUAAGCCCAGAGGUCAAAAGAAUGGGAAAACUUCUCUGUCUUUGCCUUUCCAAGGGAAAAUGCACAGCCCUGGGGCAGAUAAAUGCUCUUAACUUCCCCCCUCAAGUAGUGCAGAGUAUUUCUAAGAAACCUGCACAUAUUUUCUGGGCAUAGCAUCUGGCUUUUAAUACGGAAAUACUCAAAAUAUCACUGGUGCCAGGGUGGUGGUGGUGGUGAUCCGCCUCCAGGCUCUUUAGUAAUCCUGUGGGACACACCGACCCUCCUGACCACUCUGCCUUCUGCAAGGACUUGACAGCUCCUGUUGCAGAGUUGCAGCACAGGUGGAUGCCUUCCAAAACUGAAGCAGUUCCAUAUUGUUGAGUACAAAUGCAUAUGCUUGGUUUGAUUCUUUUAGUAUAAUAAUAUUUUUUUAAGUCUUUCUGGAUUAACUUUGAAGUAAGACUAGGCCUUUUAUGGGCUAACAACUAUUGUAGUAUUGACUACUGGCAAUUUUUUUUAUCGCUGUUUUAUUCUGUUUACAGUUGAACUUGCUGGUAUUCUGCCAAUAUAUAUAUUCUCUGUAUUAAAUUAUUUAUCAUAAUUCAAGAAAAUAAAAUUAAUUUCUUAUA